UUUCUAUUCCCAUUACAUAGAGACGCUUCCACAACGCCAGGAAGUCGCCUCUAAGUAUAAUUUGAUAAUUCUUUUUUUUUUGUGUGAAACUGCUCUGCCAGGUCAACAGUCAACUUCAACAUUUAAAGUCAAUAGUCACUAAUAGUUAUUUUCUAUUUGAAAGUCGUUUAGGGGCCAAAAGAAAAAAAAAAGUUCUGUACUUCUUUCUCAUCGGAAAUUAAUUAUGGCGUUUGGGGUUGUUGUCUUUUGUGGUUGUCGAAGGAACUGAGGUCGCCAGUGGGAGGACCCAGGGAGGGAGAGAGAGGGAAACAAGUGGAGUCAACUUCAGUGCCAUCGGGGAGGAAACUUGCUGCGCUCGGCUCACAGCUCCUCCAGCAGCAGCAGCAGCAGCAGCAGCAGCAGCGGGUCGACGGGGAAGAUGGCGCGGCGCUGCGGCCGUGCCACGUCUCGGUUUGCGCCACACGCGCAUCCCGGAGGAACCGCGCGCGCCGUUCGCGCUCUGCUGUGCGUCUGCCUGCUCUUCCCCUGCGCCGCCGAGGCCGCGCUGUACACCGCCUCCGACCAGAUCGUCCUGUUGACGCCGGAGAACGCGGACGCGGUGCUGGUGAACGCGUCGGCGGCGACGGUCGUGGAGUUCUACGCGUCGUGGUGCGGACACUGCAUCGCCUUCUCUCCGCUGUACAAGCGUCUGGCCAGGGACAUCCGAGAGUGGAAGCCAGCUGUGGACCUGGCAGCGAUAGACUGCGCUACAAGGGAGAACAGGAAGGUCUGCACCAGCUACGGCAUCAGAGGGUUUCCCACCAUAAAGUUCUUCCAUGCCUACUCCAAGGCUGACUCGACAGGACUGGCUAUCAAAGAUUUUUCGCGUGAUGUCCGAGAUCUCCGUCACAGGAUCAUAGACAAACUAGAAACCCAUGUGGAGCCCUGGCCCCCCGCCUGCCCCCCACUGGAGCCCACCAGCCAAGCAGAGCUUGACAGCUUCUUUGAGACAAACAGUGUUCAGCACCUGGCCCUGAUCUUUGAAGAAGCCAACUCCUACGUUGGCCGAGAGCUGACCUUGGACCUGUUACAGUUUGAGAACAUUGCCGUGCGGAGGGUCCUGAACACUGAGGAAGGUCUAGUGACCAAACUGGGAGUGACUGAGUUCCCAUCCUGCUUCCUUUAUUAUCCCGGAGGCAACUUCACCAGACUCAAAGUCAACGUUGAGGCUCGUACUUUCUACUCUUACGCCCUCCAGAGGCUGCAAGGGGUGGUGCGGUCAGGAAAGCCUCCAGCGGUCGCCCCAGACGUCCUCGCCAACAGCACAGAGGAUCCCUGGAGACCCUUCAACAGGUCCAGGGUGUAUAUGGCGGAUCUGGAGUCAACACUGGACUACUCCCUUCGUGUGGAGGUGGCUGCUCAUCCUGUCAUCAAAGGAGAAGCCCUGAAUUCUCUCAAGAGGUAUAUCGCUGCCCUGGCUAAGUACUUUCCGGGCCGUCCUGUGGUGAUGAACUCGUUGAAGACUUUAAGCUCUUGGCUACAGAACCAGACUUCAGAUGAGAUUUCCUAUGAGGCGUUCAGAGAGAUACUGGAUAACUCGGCACAGGCUCCAGACACGGCUUUGCCCGAAGGAGUGAGGUGGGUGGGCUGUCAGGGCUCACAACGCCACCUCAGACGUUACCCCUGUGGGGUGUGGACUCUCUUCCAUGUUCUCACUGUCCAGGCCAUGAAUGCUGGAGGCUCAUAUCCCCCGGAGGUGCUGUUUGCGAUGAGGACCUACGUCCGCAGCUUCUUCGGCUGCAGGCUGUGUGCCGAGCACUUUGAGAACAUGGCGAGGGAAAGCCUGAUGGAGGUGAACACGUUGUCGUUGGCCGUCCUGUGGCUGUGGUCCCGUCACAAUCGCGUCAACAACAGACUCGCAGGUGCUUUGAGUGAAGACCCCAACUUCCCAAAGGUCCAGUGGCCUUCACCAGAAAUGUGUCCAGCCUGUCAUACAGUGAUGGAGAAUGGGGAUCAUGGGUGGAACCAAGAGCAAGGGGUUCUCCCUUUCCUCCUGUCAUACUUCUCCUCCGACAGCAUCCUCACAGACUAUCUUGAAGAUGAAAGCCAGAUCCUGACAAAACAGAGGGAGAAACACGCCAGUCACCUAUUAGCUCUAGAAGCUCAGAAAGGUGUAGAAAGAAAAGCCAGGGAGGCCUCGGACUUCAUGAUGAACCCUCGACCAUUACAACCCACUCUGCAAGAGGAGGAGGAGGAGGAAGAGGAAGAGGAGGAGGGAGAGGAGCCACAGGAUGAAGAAGAGGAAGGUGCGGAGGGAGCAGAAGCUGCAGAUGAGAUGGAUGGUAAGACAUCUGAGCCGAGCCCAUGGGCCAAACCUGAAAUGGAGGUGGGUCGAAACCGGCAGCAGGCCCACAGAAGGCCGAGCAUCGUGGGGAUGAGGAUGCGAGACACGCAGGAGGACAUCGUGGAUCUUGACUCAUUCGUCAACCAGCACUACAAGGCCAAGGCGCUGCAGGUGGCCGCCUCCAGCCGUGUCAAACAACGCACCCUGCAGAGGAAGGAGGAGCAGGAGCCCGGGCCCGUGUUCGGGCUCGGCAUGGAGCUGGACGCGGGGCUCGGGAUGCUGGGCCUGCAGCCUAUGGAAGCAGACUUUGAGCUGGACAUGGAGCAGAAGAGGGUGUGGCUGCAGAAGCGAGAACUGACGGGCCAGUACUUUGGUGAGGAGGUGAGCAACAGGGGACGCUGGAUGUCUGUGCUGAGCAUCGGAUUCUCCAAAGUGGACAUCAGCCUGUGUGUGAUUCUUUAUUUCCUGUCCUCUAUGUGUCUUCUCGCCAUGUACCUGUUCUUCAAAAACCGCUUCCGACUACGGCGGGUUAAAAUUUCCAUGCCUUGAACCAAAGAGUUUCCAGAUUUGACGUGAGUAAGAGCAAUGAUUAACAUUCAUUAGGUUCAUGUAGCCUAAGGUAGGGUCAGUGUAAGGGGAUGUGUCGAGAUUAACGUCAUCUCAAGGUGGGCCACUUAACUCUUACCUACUGCUAAAGUAGGCGACAGUAUGUUUUAUUUCCAAAUGUUGUGGAAGUCUAAUGUCUACCGAGAGGAGGAGAAGGGAAAAUUUGUAUUUUACCUACUAAAUCUUUGAAAGUCUGGGUAGUUAUGUAACCUUGCACUUAAUCGAGCAACCAGAGCUUUUCAGGCAGCAUUUCAACUGUGGAAAUGUGUUCAUGUGUUUUCAUAUAUUUUUCCACUGUAUAUUUCCUUUUAGGGUUUGUGCUUGAGUUGAGGAUAAAUAAUUAUGCUUUUGAUUGUAAUUUACCACUUAUGAAGGAUGAAAUUAUACCCAAUAUGAGAUGAAUUGAGGUUUUGAUUUGAUUUGAAUCAAAUGCAACUCUUUUUUUUAGAAGGGUUGUACGAAGGAAUUAUUUUUGUUGCUUUAUUAAUGUUAUGAAGACCUCCCUAUACUACUUCCCCAUGUACUAUGACCAAGAAUUAAGUUUCAGUUGCGAUUUGUAUAUAUAUUUACAUCAUAUUUGAAUCAAUUUAAGUAAAUACUCAAAUAGGUGAUUUUUCCAGUGAUUUCAAAAUAAUGAGUUUCUGUUUUAUCUAAAAUUACAGAUUUAAGAUGUUUUGUCUCUAAUCUGUCACUUGUUUGUUUUGCUUUUCUAUGAGUUUUGCAAUGGGAUGACAAAAAAAUAAAAUAAAAUAAAACAGUCCCAUUCCCUAAAUUCUUUGUGAGUUUCUUGAAAACUGUAAUGGGACUGCAGCUUAUUAUAGAAUACUGUGACUGGACCAGCUGGUACCGUCGCUUUUUCCAGAGAGUAGCAGAUCAGCCCAUUGUUCUUCAGCUCCUUCAAGUUGGUUUUCAUUACACUGUUAUAUCACGUCUUUGAGUAUUGCAUCACACUGCUGAGCCCACACAACAGCUACUUGGGUUGUUUAUGAAAUGUUGUGGAGCGAUGAAUAUGUUCACACUGGACAAGGCUUUAGAAUAAGCGGGAUUUGUUUUUGGCUGGUGUCCAUGAAGUAAAUCUUCUGCUGGCCUUCUCAGACACACUGUUUUUCUGUUUGCCUCAUUGCUUCUGUCUGAAUCAAUAAAAUUAUUUUUGAUAACGA